CCUUCGACGUCCACGGCCGACGCUGCCGCCUCCUCCCUUUCAGUUCCCUUGCCUUCCUACGCUUUCCGAAACUCAGGGACAGGACAGAAACUUAACAAAAAUUACCAACUAAAAGAAACCGCGUUUGAACUUUCUCUCGUUGCGCUUCUUUUGCAUUUUCAGAUCUCACCGAAUGCUAACUCAGCUCCGUGCAAGAUGAAGUUAGCCUGCAUCUUCCUUAUUUUCCUAUUUCAGGACUGUUUUCUAAUAAAGAGGGUUCUCGCUCAGGGAUCAGAAAUAUCCAACAGAGUAAUAGCCUUCCAAGAUUGCCCGGUGGAUUUGUUUUUUGUCCUGGAUACCUCUGAGAGCGUUUCCUUAAGGGUAAAGCCUUUUGGUAAAGCCAACGUUGACAAGAUCAAAGCAUUCACUAAUCAAUUCAUUGAUAAAUUAAAUGACAGGUACUAUCGGUGUGACCGAAAUCUAGUGUGGAAUGCAGGCGCCUUACAUUACAGUGAUGAGGUGGAACUGAUCAAGAAACUUACCCGGAUGCCCAGUGGGCGAGCAGACUUGAAGAACCGUGUGUCCUCAGUAGAGUCUAUUGGGAAAGGCACCUAUACUGACUGUGCCAUUAAGGCAGGGCUUGAGGAACUACUCAUUGGCGGAUCUCAUCAUAGGGAAAAUAAGUAUCUUAUUGUGGUGACAGAUGGACAUCCCUUAGAAGGUUACAAAGAGCCCUGUGGAGGACUGGAAGAUGCUGCCAAUGAAGCAAAGCACCAGGGGAUCAAAGUGUUUGCUGUUGCUGUAUCUCCAGACCAUCUGGAAUCCAGAUUAAAUGUGAUUGCUACAGACCAUGACUAUCGCCGCAAUUUCACAGCAACUGUACCACAAAGCGAUAUUCCAAGAACAAUUGACACCAUCAUUGAAAUGAUUAAAAAUAAUGUGGAGCAUGUGUGCUGUUCCUAUGAAUGCCAGCCUCCUCGAGGACCUCCAGGGCACAUUGGGGACCCAGGAGAAGAGGGAGAAAGAGGGAGACAUGGCUUGCCAGGAGAAAAAGGAGACGCUGGAGAUCCCGGAAAGCAAGGUGAUCCAGGACCUAUUGGCUACCAAGGGAUGAAGGGAGACAAGGGUGGCCGAGGGGACAAGGGCUCAAGAGGUGCAAAAGGAGGCAAGGGAGAGAAGGGCAAACGUGGCAUAGAUGGCAAUGAUGGCAAGAAGGGUGAACAAGGAUAUCAUGGACUACCAGGAUGCAAAGGAUCUCCUGGGUUUGAUGGCUUACAAGGACCUCUUGGACAAAAAGGGGAUACUGGUUCUUAUGGACCCAAAGGGAUAAAGGGAGAGCCUGGGCCCAAAGGAGGUCCAGGGCCACAAGGAAAAGAUGGACGUCCUGGCGACAAGGGUCUGCCUGGAGAAGUGGGAGCCAAAGGAGAAAAAGGAGAAUGGGGAGAUGAGGGAAGUCCUGGCUCUGAUGGUAUCGCUGGACCAAAGGGUAGCCCUGGAUCCGAAGGCUUACGAGGUGUUCCUGGGGCUCGUGGACUAAACGGAGAAAAGGGUGAGCUAGGUCCACCAGGAGAACAAGGCCGUGAGGGACUUUUUGGACCACCAGGAGAACCAGGUAAAGUAGGUGCACCUGGACCUAAGGGCUUUAGAGGAGAUGAAGGAGCUUCUGGACCAGAGGGCCCUAAAGGGCAGAUUGGACCACCUGGAAUAACUGGAAACCCUGGCUUGAUGGGUGAUAGGGGAGAUGAUGGCCCACCAGGAAACGGGACCAUUGGCUAUCCUGGUGCCCCAGGAGAUCCCGGAAUCAGAGGUGACCGUGGACUUAAUGGCACCAAAGGCUAUCCUGGGCCCAAAGGCGAUGAUGGUGAAAUUGGAGAGCCUGGUAAACAAAUAACUGAACCUGGGAUCAAAGGCAAGAAAGGUGUCAAAGGUUACAGGGGAUCAGAAGGAGAACCAGGACCUCCAGGACCUCCAGGACUCCCUGGGCCAGAUGAAUGUGAAAUUUUAGAUAUCAUCAUGAAAAUGUGUUCUUGCUGUGAAUGCAAGUGUGGUCCCAUUGAUAUUAUAUUCGUAUUAGACAGUUCUGAGAGUAUUGGAGAAAUGAAUUUUGGUAUUGCAAAGGAUUUUAUAAUUAAAGUUAUUGACAGGCUGCGCACGGAAGAACAUGUAAUGUUUUCCAGAGAAGACUCCAAUCUUGCUAUUGUGCAGUAUAGUCAUGGUGGAACUGAGGAAUUGGUGCUCAUGAAAGAUGGAGACGUUCAAGGUUUCAAGGAGGCUGUGAAGAACCUUCACUGGAUUGCUGGUGGCACCUUUACUGGAGAGGCUCUUGACUACACCAAAAAACGUCUGCCCCCAUAUUUCACUCACAAAAGAGUUAUCAUUGUCAUCACAGAUGGACGGACUGACAUAUUACACGAUCGAACACCCAUCACUGUUCUUUGUGAAAGAGAUAAUAAGGUUGUCCCUGUGGGUUCCAGUGAUAUUUUCGAAGACCCUCCAGAUUCUGAAAAAUUAAGUAAAAUAUCCUGUGGAGGCCUCACAUUUACUCAACCAGAGUAUAUUGCCUUGCUGGAUGACACCUUCAUUCAGAAUGUUACCUCUUAUGUUUGUCGAGAAAAACAAUGUCCUGACUAUACCUGCCCAAUUACUUUUGCUAACUCAGCUGAUAUUACACUCCUUGUGGAUAGCUCUACCAGUGUUGGGGCCCAUAACUUCAAUAUCACCAAGAAGUUUGUGAAACGUCUUGCAGAACGAUUCAUAUCAGCUGACAAAAGUCCAGGGGCUUCUGUGCGCAUCACUGUUGUCCAGUACAGUGGCAACACACAGCAAAAAUUGGAGGUGGACUUUCAACGGAACUACACAGUGAUAGCUGAUAUAGUUGACAAAAUGGAAUUUAUAAAUGAUGGCACAGAUGUUGUUGCAGCCUUGAACUAUGUCACCAACCUGUUUCGGAGGUCCUCUCGUCCUGCUAUUAAGAAGAGGGUGCUGAUCUUCUCAGAUGGCAAUUCUCAAGGUAUCACUGAAAAUGCCAUUGAGAGAGCAGUCCAGAAUGCUCAACAGGCAGACAUUGAAAUUUAUGUACUUGCUGUUGGCACACAAGUCAAUGAGCCCAACCUACGUCUGCUUGUCUCCCAAAAAGCAGCUCAGGAUGACAUAGCCUACAGAGAGCGCCACCUUUUCAGAAUACCCGAUUAUCAAUCUUUGCUGAAAGGUGUAUUCUAUCAAACUGUGUCCAGGAAACUAGCUAUAAUCUGAGAAGCAAGUUAGUGCAAAUUCUAAGAUUUCAGGAAUAAAUUGUUAACCUCCCGUGGAACCCAUGUUUUUAUACAGAGCCAUAAUCUUUUGUCCUUGCUUUCAGGCUGUGCUAUGUUUAUCUCUGUCCAUUCCUCUUUUCUUUAUUGCCCAUGAUUUCCUCCAGCCUAUAGGAAGAAAUACAAAUUGAUUUAUUGUUGCUCUAGUUCAUAACUGUAACCAAGAGGAGAAUCUUGUUUCAUAUUUGACAAGCGAUAAAGGGCUAACUGGGAAUAUUAAAUGCACUGUCUUUAUCCCUAAGAUUGAUAGUACUCUUUACAUGAAUAUAAAGAUCUUCUUUUCAGAAUAAAAUGCACAUGACUUCAUUGCCUUUUUUAAUUUUGUAACUAAAAAGAUACAAUAUAAUACAUUACAGUAAGCAUUUCCUGGGUUAGGCAGCUCCAGAAAAAUUAUUCCACUCUUAGAAACAAGGGAAAUUCCAAAGAAUAUUUAUUGCCCUCCAUUGUCACUUGAGUGGGGUACAUGGGGUGAAUGAUCAGGUUCAAAACAUGGUGAUGUGGUGGUAGUGGUGAUGAUGAUGAUGAUGAUGAUUUGGCAAUAAUAAGCUAACAAUAUCUAGCCCAGUCUAGAACUGGAGAAGAAGGUUCAAGCCAUUUAAUCAACUAUGAUAUUAUUUAGAUACAAUGAACUCACAAAUGUGAUUGAAAAAGUUAUUAACAAGAGUUGGAAGGAACCUUAGAGGUCUUCUAGUCCAACGUCCUGCUCAAGCAGGUGACCUGAUACUAAUUCAGACAAAUGGCUGUCCAGUCUCUUCUUUAAAAUCUCAAUGGAGAUUUUUAAUCCAGCAAUAGAUUGCUUGGCAUUAUCUAAAUCAUGGGUUCUCAACCUUGGCAACUUUAAGACUUGUGGACUUCAACUCCCAGAAUUCCUCAGCCAGCUGAGGAAUUCUGGGAGUUGAAGUCCACAAGUCUUAAAGUUGCCAAGGUUGAGAACCCAUGAUCUAAAUUGAAAUUGUCUAGAAGCCAGUACAGAACUCUUGUCUUGGAGGAUCUUAUGUUUUUCCAUAUGAUAUUAAGAUAAGGUGCUACACUCACUUCACAAGUUGAGCUUUACAUUACUGAUAUGUUUACAUAUUCAAACUUGGUUUGGACAGGUUUCAUGCAGUAUUUCCAAUGGUGCUGUUGCUAUGAAUUCAGUAUGAUUUUUAAAAAUGAAGCAAUUGUUUUCAGAAUUACAGCUUGUAUUGUUUUGUAAUCAAUAUUCAUUUUACCACUUUGUUUUAUUUUAUUCCUUUGUUUUACUGACAAAUGUUCACUUUGAGGGUUUUUUUGCAAAUAAAUUUUGUUCCACAGUU